AUUUUUUCAAAUACAAAGUUGAUUUGAAAAUCGAAAAAUUUUAAUUCAAUAAAUGCAAAUAUUGCUAUGUGAAUAUCAGGCGACGAUAAGUGCGACUAAAAAGUUAAAUACAAAACAUCUGAAUCUCCAACAUUUUGUAAACUUUCUCCAGUAUUCAAUUUGCAAAAAUCUUCGAGUAUUAUUAAAGCCGAAAUAGUAAUAAAGUGUUCUUUAAUCGCAAUGUGAAUUAAUACCAAAUCAGCAACAGUUUUGAUAUGAAAUGGUAUUCAAUGCUAAAUACUAUGCGGGCAACUCAGCCGGCUUUAAGCAACUAUCACAACAACAUUGUGCACAACAAUUCCACGUGCCGCCAUCACAGUUGUGUUCAACAAAAACUCGACAUACAGGUAGUGAUCUAAAACCAUCGACUGAUGUGUGUGGGGGUGACUCCACAACAUCAACCUCAAUUACUGUAUCUAUCGACCCAGUGAAAUCGAGUGAUAGUCAUCAAAACCAAAACAUUAACAAUAACGGAACUAACAUUAACGACAAAAAAAAUCAAACAGUAGGCUUUAAAUUUAGCUCUUUAACAGAAAAGCUUGAAAACCCAACAUUGUUGUCUAUUAAAACAAGUAUUGCAUCCAACUCAACAACAAGAACUUUGGCUUCGACCUCAACACUUCCAUCGGCUAGUUCCCUGACAAAUUAUUAUGGCUUAGGUAUACCCAAGUCACCGUCAUUUCACAGUGGACUUGAUCAGUUGGCCAGCAAGAAAAACGACUCUUACAAAAAUCGACCGCAAUUGUCAAAUGCGAACAGUUUUAAAGACAACGCUAGCCCACACAUUGUUAGCGGCGAACUAACAAAACAAAGGAUUAUAGUAACGAAUAACAGUUUAUUAUUUAAUACCACAAACGUUGAAGAAAUCAAAGCUAAAUUUCUAGUUGACGAAACCUUGGUGUCUGGAACACAUUUGGUUAAUAAUCGCAAUUCUCUUACGUCCACAAUGUCACAGCAUCAACAGCGACAAAAGGCCGAAAUACAGGCAAUGGCGGUUGCAUCACAAUCAAUUACAACAAGCAGCAGCGCGUUAUCAUCUAUAACAACAAAUUCUAUUGGUUCAGCCUCUACAUACGCUUCCAACAGCACAUCAUCAUAUUCCUCAUCGUCAUCUGCAUGUAUAUCGAAUUCGGCCGGAACAAGCACGCCAGUUGUUGGUGGAAUGCCUGGUAGUGGCAUUGGUGGUGUUGGCGUUGGCGGGAUUGCCACCAAUAGCAACAACACUGCCAUUGUCACCUCGUCAACGACGGCAACGUCAUCUUCACUGGUUGCGACACUGACACAGCACUUUUCAGCUGCCACAUCGGCUACUUCACUGCUUUCAACGGCUGCCUCACCAUCAUUAACCACUAAUAAUAAGUCGYCGGUGAGUGCAGCCGCCGCAAUCAAAAAUAUUCUCAAUGCCACAAAAAAUGUUGGAAACUCGGCUGCUUCUGUGGCGAUAGGACAAGCAGCAAAUUCUGCAGGAAGUGGCAGUGCAAAUGUGGCACAAAAUAUCGUUAGUGGUAUUAGUAUUUCACUGGGAAUUGGUGGGUCAGCGAACAAUAACGCCGGUAAAAACGGACUUUCAUUGUGCAGCGGAAGUAGUGCGUCUUUAGCAGCAAAAUUAAAUAAUACCAAUGCCUCCCAUUUUCAAAAUGGCGACGAAGCGCAUAAUACCAUGAACAGUGGUCUUGGUAACAAUACUUGUAAUGGCGGAGUUGACGGCUUUGAUAAUGAUAACUGCAGCAAGGACCACACAAAUGGCAGCGGAAUUUUAUCGCCACAAACUUUGCAACAAAUCACUGGAAGUCCUGGACGCGCUAGAGACCGCAAUCUAUUCCAUUCACCAUCCACAACAUCGUCGGCCACACCUCUGCCGCUCCUACGAGAAACGCCCGCAAAUGAACGUGAACAACUUUUGAUUCAAAAGUUAAGGCAAUGUUGCACACUCUUCGAUUUUUCCGAGCCCUUAAGCGAUCUAAAAUGGAAGGAAGUAAAGCGCGCUGCUCUGCACGAAAUGGUCGAGUAUCUCUCUAACCAGAAUGGUGUGAUCACGGAAGCAAUUUAUCCGGAGGCAAUAAAUAUGUUUGCGGUCAAUUUAUUUCGCACAUUACCCCCUUCAUCGAAUCCCAACGGCGCUGAAUUCGAUCCGGAAGAAGAUGAACCUACGUUAGAAUCAUCGUGGCCCCAUUUACAAUUUGUCUACGAAUUAUUUUUGCGUUUCCUCGAAUCACCAGAUUUUCAACCAAACAUCGCUAAGCGUUAUAUUGAUCAUCAAUUUGUGUUGCAGUUGUUGGACCUUUUUGAUUCCGAGGAUCCACGUGAACGUGAUUUUCUUAAGACUGUACUGCAUCGGAUCUAUGGAAAGUUUUUGGGUUUAAGAGCAUUUAUACGCAAACAAAUCAAUAACGUAUUUUACCGUUUUAUUUAUGAGACCGAGCAUCACAAUGGAAUUGCUGAACUUUUAGAAAUUCUCGGUAGUAUUAUAAAUGGUUUCGCAUUACCACUAAAAGAGGAGCACAAACAAUUUUUGCUGAAAGUUUUAUUACCACUGCACAAAGCAAAAAGCCUAUCUGUUUACCAUCCGCAAUUGACAUAUUGCGUUGUGCAGUUCUUGGAGAAAGAUCCAAGUUUAUCGGAGCCAGUAAUAAGGAGCCUUUUGAAGUUCUGGCCCAAAACACAUAGUCCUAAGGAAGUAAUGUUUUUAAACGAACUGGAGGAGCUGCUUGAUGUGAUCGAACCGGCUGAAUUUCAAAAAGUUAUGGAGCCAUUAUUUCGACAAAUCGCCAAAUGUGUAUCGUCGCCACAUUUUCAGGUGGCUGAACGAGCGCUUUAUUACUGGAAUAACGAGUAUAUAAUGUCGCUGAUAGCAGACAAUUCGCAGGUCAUUUUGCCGAUAAUGUUCCCGGCUUUAAAUCGUAAUUCAAAAACGCAUUGGAAUAAAACUAUACAUGGACUGAUUUAUAAUGCACUAAAAUUGUUCAUGGAGAUGAAUCAGCGUCUUUUCGACGAGUGCAGUCGAAACUAUCGCCAGGAGAAGCAACUGGAACGCGAAAAGAUAUCACAACGUGAAGAGCUUUGGAUGCAAGUAGAAUCUUUAGCCAAAAGCAAUCCUGAAUGGCCUAAAAUGUGUGGUCAAAUGGAUAAUUUAAGUAUUUCAAGUAGUCAAAAUGAGUUUGAAGAGAAUGAAAAUUGUGAUCUAACUUAUGACAAAUUGGAACAAGAAAGCAGACAACCGCAGAUACAACAACAAACAGCACAGGAAACUAGAGAGAUACGAGGGGAACGCAAUAAAGACAAGCCGUUAUUGCGUCGAAAGUCGGAUUUACCAGCUGAUAGUGGCACAAUUCGUGCCCUAUUCGAACAUAAGCGGACGGACGAUUUCUUGAAGACUCCUCCAGAUGUGAACAAAUAUUAAAGGAAUUUAUACAAGUGAACCCAAUACAAGAAAAAAACAUAGAUAUGUAUCUAUUGCAGUAUAUAACUUUAUACUUAAAGUAGAUAUACUAUAUAUUAAUUCAUUGAAAAAUUAAAAUAUUAUGAAUAUAGUAAGCAUAAGCAUUACUUAUCUAAUAUACAUAUGCAUAACAUACAAAAAUAUUUACUAGAUUAUAAAGAUAUAGCAGUCCGAGUUUCAGAGAUAACAAAACGUUUUGUAUUCGAAACCAAAAUAUCUAUAGUGUUUAGGAAGCAAUUUGUGUUUCUUUUUAUUCAUGAAUGCAAAAGAAGCCUACAAAGAUUGUUGAAUUGAAUGAGAAGUACCAGUUAUUUCUUCUUUUGAAUAUUUUAGACUUUGUUUGCCACAUAAAACCGUUUUACAAUAAAAAUGUUUAAAAAGUAUGUAAAAAUUAUCCAUUUUCUAAUGCUAUCUAAGUCAACUGCAUGCCGCCGUAUUUAUGUAUACAUACUUAUGCAUAUAUAAUAUAUAACCAUAAAAGACGAAAUUUUUCUUUUUAAAUAUUACCAUUGUAAUAGAUUACGAAUCAAAUGUAAAACACACCAAAUGCUUAAUGCUGCUGAAACAUUUGAAAAUACAGGUAUAAUACAAACAAUAAUUAAAGUUAUAAUUUUAAACGAAUAUUUUGCUUUUGUUGUGUCUACAAUAAUUCUUCUAAAAACAACUUAUAACUAAUUAGUACAUAUGAGUGACUUUAAUAUCAAAUUUGUGGAAUACAGUAAUGCAGUAUAUUUAUGGAGAUCUUGUUUUGGACACGAUUUUAUGAUAUAAAUUAUUAAUCAAUGUCAAAAAUAAAACUACAAUAAAAAAUAAAUAUCAUCCUAAUUCUA